CAGAUAAUGCAGCAUAUACUGCUAAGAUAGCAAAGAUUCGUGAAUCAUACAAGAAUAAACAAGCUCUUCUAGACAAACUUGAGACCCUCUUUGAGUUGUAUUAUAAUGUGACUAAGGACUCAUCAACAGGUCCCCCAAAGCGAGCUGUCACUAUGAAUGAGGCUGAAAAAACCUUAGCAGAACUUCUUGCAUAAGCGGCUCAUGUAUGAAUUUAGUUUAUAUUUUUUAUCCAUGUGUAAUGGGCAUACAGUAAUUGAAGAUAGCUAUAGUAUAAGUAACAUAACAUCAUGUUGGACCGAUUACCAGUAGAAAUAGUCGAACGCAUUGUCGCAAAGAUCCCGGAUACUGACCUUAUUGCAGUAAGUAAGGUAGAUAGAGUGUGGUGGCAGGAAGUUCGUCAAGAGGCAUAUAAGAGGUGGAAAGAUUAUGCUACUGCAAUUGGGAAUAUAUACUGGGAAAUCCAGGCUCUUGGAAAGUGGUUUGAAAAGGGGGAUAUUGAGUGGAUAACUUUUGAAGAUGUAAACGACUCCUAUAAAAACUGGAUAAACUGCCUCACCGAGGAUCAGCUUUAUAUUAUGGAGAAAAUGCUUAGGAAUGGGAUGGUCGUGGACCUUCAGGAAAGGGAAACCAUAGAGUAUGCAUUAAGUAAACAAAGAUGUGGAGGCGAUCCUUGGGGAUUGGACUGGGAGUGGAAUGAAUGGACUCAACAGGAGUAG